AUGUCUGAACUGCGCAAACGCCAGGGUCCUGGCAAAUCUACUGACACGGCCCCUCAAAAUGAUCUGCCCCGCAAAAGUGUUUCUGUAUUGUCUUCGGUGCUAUCUGGAUUUGGCUGUUCUCGUCUUGCAAUCUUGAUAUCUCUUGCUGUCUUUGCGGCUUGGUUCCUAUCCUCCGAGGAGACUUCGUCACUCUCACAUUCUUACGCAGUUUGCUCCUCAUCGGGUGCUCGUGUUUACACUAUGGAUCAUGUUGUGCCAAACGUCCAGUGCCUUGUUGUAGAUGGUUCUUUAAUAACGGACACUGGUUCCUUAGAGGAUGUCACGGCACAUUGGGUUGCCAGGGGUCGCCGUCGUUCUUCUCUUCAAAUACGUUAUUUGGACGAAUCUUCGAUCGUGGUUCCGGGGUUUAGUGAUUCACAUGCACACAUUCUUGAAUACGGUGCAAAUAAGGAGCUUCCUCUUGAAAGUGGCAAGACGAUCGAAGAUACGGUUGCACUCGUCCGACAAUAUAUUUUGGACAACGACGACAUACUCAACGACUCUUCAAAAAUUGUUGAAGGUUGGGGAUGGGACCACACCUCUUGGCCAGUGGAAGAAUGGCCAACCUCGGACGCUCUAGAGAUGGAUCCGAUAGUCCGUGGUCGGCCAGUCGUCCUGGGUAGCAAGGAUGGCCAUGCAACGUGGUUCUCGAAGAAAGCUCUCGCAUUGAGCUCUCCGUUGCCAUCGGAAGUAGAAGGUGGUAUCAUCAUGAGAGAUUCAUCUGGAAAUCCAAGCGGUGUUCUUCUUGACAAUGCCCAGGACCUUGUGAAGAGACCAACUCCAACUGAACAAGACUUGCUGCGACGUUUCCAUAUCACAGUCAAUGACGCCUUAUCCUAUGGAUUAACCUCUGUCCAUGAUGCGGGGUUCUCACCUGUUUCACUCGAGUUUUUCAAAAGGCAGGCGGCGGCAAGAAAUCUUCCCAUUCGAAUUUAUGGGAUGAGAUACUUCCAGGAAAGCGGUCCUUACUGGGGAAACCUCUCAAAACCAAUUAUCGAUGCAGGAGAUGGCAGGCUAAAUGCUCGCAGUGUUAAGAUCUUCGCUGACGGUGCUUUACGCUCUGGUGGAGCAGCGCUGAACGAGCCAUAUUGUGAUAACCCCCACACGAAAGGAUUCAUGCGUUUGGACCCCAAAGUUUUGACUGAUGUUAUACUAAAAUAUAUAGGAGAUGGGUGGCAAGUUAACGUCCAUGCAAUCGGGGAUUAUGCCAACAGUGUGGUUCUAGACGCAUUCGAGACUGCCUCGAAGGGCGUCAAUGUAACAGCACUCAGACCUCGCCUAGAACAUGCUCAGAUCUUAACAGAGGCUGACUUGCAACGUGUUGGAAAGCUUGGAGUUAUCUCCAGCGUUCAACCUACACAUGCCAUCAGUGAUAUGUGGUUUGCAGAAGAACGUCUUGGCGCUGAGCGAGUGAAGGGUUUAUAUGCCUUCCGUUCCUUACUUGACCACGGUUCUCGACUUGCCUUUGGCUCUGACUUCCCGGUGGAAGACAUGAACCCGCUCGCUGGGUUCCAUGCGGCCAUUACGAGACUGUCUCCUGAAGGACAAUCACCCAGUGGCCCGUCGGGAUGGUUUCCAGAACAACGGCUAACUCGUAUGGACGCCUUAAGAGGCAUGACAAUCGAUGCUGCAUAUGCUUCGUUUACCGAAGGCAGCCUUGGUUCCCUCGUUCCAGGAAAACGGGCGGACUACGUGGUGCUAACUCAAGACAUCAUGACUAUCCCCGUCGAUCAAAUUUUAAGCACCAAAGUUCAAGCUACGUCGCCACUUACGGGUGAGAAACGAAAGCUGCCACUCGAUCCUUCCAGCAGGAAGAAAGUCGCGAUUGAGAAUGCACUCGGAGGUCCCUCGGCGUAUAGUGCAAGCAGUAAUCACGGAGGAGAAGAGUACUGGAUGAUUCAGUGGAGAUACCCCCAGUACAAGAAACACAAAACUUGGGAUGGGGAUGCCGUCCUAGUUCUCACAGGUAUCAGAGGGUCGAUGUUCGACCUAGAAGGAAAGAUAAUGGGGGCUGGGUCCUUAAAUGCGCCCAAGGCUGAGGAAAAUGGAGAGUAUAAAUUUGGAGAGAAAGAGAUCAGGAUCGAUCAUCCAAUUCCUCGUGGAGAAUACAUGUCUAGAAAGUGCUAUGGUCGAGGAAGCAUGCCAUCUUCGGCAAUGACUGGCAAUAGCUCCGUGACACCCUCUUUGCGUGCCACUCCCUUGCCAUCAACGAAGAUGAAUGUGCCUUACAAGACGCCAUUAAAAGCCGUAGACAAAAGGGCUAUUGAUCUUCAUCCUGUCAAUCUUCUGUCCACAAGGGACCCCCCCUCUGCAGGUUCUUCGAAAGCAAAUGCGCCAGCUACUUACUGGACUGCUAACUGGCGGAAGCCGCAGAGCAAGAAGCACAAGACCUGGGAUGGAGAUGCAUUUGUUAGCCAUGUCGGCGAUAAGCUCACUGUGAUAUCAGAAAAGGGGAAAAUACUUGGCCGUAAGGAAUGGGACGGACUCGCUCUACACAACGGGUACAGCUUCAGCGCCGGUGGCAAACAAAUCGAGUUAGAUUCACAAGUACAAGCAUCGCGAAUGCCUUCCAUCACCGGGGUGGAAGACGUGUUGCCAGGACUGGAGGAAGACGUCCCCGUAGUGUUGUCUUCACCACCCAAGCCCUCGUUUCUGCUUCAGGCAAAGAGCGCUCUCUCUGGCAAAGAGAAUGAUAUCACAGUUACAUCUCCAGGUGCUUCAAAAGCGUUCGUUCCCCCCGCGUCGUUCUAUGGCCAGAAGCCAAUUAAAAAGCCAAAUGCACCAUUGCAUGAUCCCGAAGCAGAGGGAGCAAUCGUCAUGAAAGCAACAACCCCAGAGCACGCUGUGAAGUUCAACAAGAAGAACUUGCCCACUGUAGCAGUUGUCCUAGAUCCUAUCAUUGCAAGACAUCUUCGUCCACAUCAGAUCGAAGGCGUCAAAUUUCUGUAUGAAUGUGUCAUGGGCCUACGGAGACAUGAGGGUCAAGGGUGUAUACUCGCCGACGAGAUGGGUCUGGGGAAAACCCUUCAGACAAUUUCUCUUGUAUGGACACUCCUCAAGCAGAAUCCCUACGUUAGCGCUGGGCCAGUAAUCGGCAAGGCCUUGAUCGUAUGCCCCGUAUCAUUGGUCAAUAAUUGGCGCGCCGAAUUUCACAAGUGGUUAGGUAGAGAUCGUGUUGGUGUUUUCACCGGCGACAAGGAUAAAUCCACUAUCAAGCAAUUUCUCAAUUCACGGCAUCAGGUUUUAGUCAUUGGCUAUGAGAAGCUUCGGACUGUCAUAGACGAUUUGGCAUAUUGCAAUCCUCCGAUUGGCCUGGUUAUUUGUGAUGAAGGACACAGACUGAAGUCAUCAAACAAUAAGACUUCGACAAUGUUUAAAUCAUUACGUACUGUUCGAAGAAUCAUUCUGUCUGGUACUCCUAUUCAGAAUGAUUUGAGUGAAUUCCAUGCCAUGGCGAGCUUUUGUAACCCAGGGCUGCUCGAUGAUUACGCUACAUUUCGUAGGGUUUAUGAGGUUCCUAUCCUCAAAAGCCGAGCACCAGAUUGCACGGAUAAGGAACUCGAGCUUGGCGAGGCUCAAUCAGCUCAGUUAUCUUUGAUCGCGAAAAGUUUCGUAUUGCGACGGGAAGCUAGCAUUCUCAAGAAUUAUCUUCCGCCAAAACACGAAUAUGUCGUGUUCAUCACUCCGACGCAACUGCAAUUGUCCAUAUACUCCGCUAUUCUUAACCCCGAUAAGCUAGAUAGGCUGAUUGAUGGACCGACCGCAGAGUCGCUUGCUUUGAUCAACGUACUCACAAAAGUCAGCAAUAGUCCCGUGUUGCUCAAGGCUCAAGCAGAUAAGGCAAGAGCGGCAAACAAGGAUACAAUUCGCCGCCCAGGUAUUGAUGACGCCUUGAGUUUAUUACCUAAAGAUCCCCGAAUCGAAGACUUCUCCAUGAGCGGCAAGCUUCUGGCGUUGUCGCACCUCCUUAAAGCCAUCAAAGAGCGCACCCAAGAAAAAUGCAUCAUUGUUUCACAUUAUACAUCAACCCUCAAUUUGAUCGAGGCCUUCUGCAAGAAGAAAUCUUAUACGUUCUUCCGGCUUGACGGUCAGACACCAGCAGCGAAAAGGCAGGAGUAUGUCAACACCUUUAAUAAAUCAUCGCAGUACAGCCAUUUUCUAUUCCUGCUGAGUUCAAAGGCGGGCGGCGUUGGGCUCAACCUUAUCGGCGCGUCAAGAUUAUGCUUGAUAGACUCCGAUUGGAACCCGAGUCACGACCUUCAGUCCAUGGCACGCAUUCAUCGUGAUGGGCAGAAACGGCCCGUUUUCAUCUAUCGAUUUCUCACUGCAGGAACAAUCGAUGAGAAAAUCUAUCAGAGGCAGGUGACCAAGAUUGGACUUAGCAACUCUCUUAUGGGCUCGGGAUCAUCCGGCUCGAAGUCAGACUCGUUUUCACGGAAAGAUCUUCGGGAUAUUUUCCGAGUCCAUCCUGAGACAGGCUGCAAUACUCAUGACCUUUUGGAUUGCGGAUGUGAUGCCGGUUCAAAGGAUCUCAAUGACAUGACAAGUGUCUCCAGGAACGAUAUAGAAGUCGGUGAGCGUGAUGACGACGAAGAUCCAGCAGGAACCGGCUUCGUCAAUGCGUCGCAAGUCAAACCCCACCACAUUGAGAAGAUGGAUGGAGCGUACAUGAAGAAAAAACAGGCAGAGCUUGCAUCACUUGGAGAGUGGACACACAUCAAUUGCCUGCGGAGAUUGACGAGCGACAAUAUCCACGAUGCCAUUCUUCGUCAUCUGAUGCUUCCAAGUGUGAGCGAUGAUAAAGAAGACCUCGCGCAGCCGAAAUCAAGGCUUGAUUCGCUUUUGUCGGCCGUUGACUUGGACAACAUUACGGCUAUGGAUGAAGCGACUCAACCAUUAUCCGUUCGUGAUGUCCCUGGCGGAACCAUUUCGUUCCUUUUCGAGAAGACGUCCGUCUCUACCUUGGAAGAGAAUGAUGUGGAAGAGGGCUCAAUGGUUUGA